GUUUCCUGCUACUUACUCAUCACGUCUGUAUUUACUCUACUUCCCAUCUGAACUACGUAUUUUACAAUGGGGAACUCGUCCAGCAAGGACUUUGAAAAGCUGGAAGAACCCGAUACCUUGAACAUCGCAAUUGUUGGUGAGACGGGGGCUGGUAAGUCUAGUCUUGUCAAUAUGCUGCGAGGUUUAUCUGAUGAUGAAGAACAUGCUGCCCCCACUGGAAAUAUAGAAAUAACAAUGGCUCCUGCACAGUAUCCUCAUCCAAGUAUUCCUAAUGUCUUUUUAUGGGAUCUCCCAGGAACAGGCAGCCCUACAUUUCUUGCUAAAAACUAUGUUAAAGAAAUGCAUUUCAAAAGCUAUGACAUCUUUAUUAUUGUUUCCUGUUGUCGAUUCUCAGAGAAUGAUGUUGAACUUGUCAAAGAAAUAAACAAACUGAAUAAACCAUUUUACUUUGUGAGAAGCAAAAUCGACAACGAUAUAUUUGCAGAAGAAGAAAAGUAUGGGAAUAUUGAUCCGGAGAAAGUCAUGGAUAAGAUUAGAAAUGACUGUACUCGUAAUCUGCUCAAACUGGGAAUAGAACCUGUGAACAUAUUCUUGAUAUCAAGACUUCAUCAGGACAUGUAUGACUUUUCCAACUUACUAAGCACCUUUGCAAGAGAUGAGAAGAUUCUAGAAUUUAUUUCUGAGCAAAAAUCCAAAGAAAAGAAUGAAGACACAGAGAAAUUGGAAGAAGCCUUUAGACAAGGAAACAAUGAGGCUCUUGCUGAUACUGCUGUCAAAAUUCUGAAGGCUGAAGAAGCUGUCACCUUACAUGUUGCUGUAACUGGAAGUACUGGAACGGGAAAAUCGAGUCUCAUAAAUGCACUGCGAGGCCUGAAUGACAAAGAUGAAGGAGCAGCUCCCACUGAUGUCAUGGAAUGCACCAUGGAACCAGCACCAUAUACACAUCCUGACCUCCCUAAGGUCAUAUACUGGGACCUUCCUGGGAUGGGUGGUUCAAAAGUCACAGCAAAACAAUACUUAGAAAACAUGAAGUUUGAACGCUAUGAUUUCUUUAUUGUUGUUAUUAGUUCUCGUGUAAAGGAAAAUGAUAUCAAUAUAGUUGCAGAGUUAAGACGUUUAAGAAAACCGUUUUACUUUAUGCGAAGCAAAAUAGAUCAAGACGUAUGUGCAGCCCAGUGGAAAAAUAGGUCAGCCAAUGUGGACGAUGUCCUUGUGGAAAUUAGGGACAACUGUGUUAAUGAAUUAAAUAAAAUAGGAAAAUUAGGGGAACAAUCAGUAAGGGUUUUCCUUGUUUCAAGAUUUGAUUUAGAGAAUUAUGAUUUUAAACAGUUUAAAACUAAACUUUCAAAAGAUCUGCCAAAACAAAAGAAUGACAUAUUUCAGCUUUCACUUCCCAAUCUUAGCCAUGAGACAAUAGAAGAAAAAAAGAAAAUUUUAGAGAGACGUGUAUUGUUAGUAGCUGCUGCUUCUGGAGGAAUAGCAGCAACGCCAAUCCCUGGGGUCUCCUUUGUAUGUGAUACUGCAAUGAUAGUCAGUUCCAUUUUGCACUAUCGACUGUAUCUAGGGUUGGAUGACAAAUCUUUAAAUAGGUUAGCCUGGAGAGUUCAAAAACCAUUUGAAAAACUAAAGAGUCAUGUCAAGAAUCCCUUACUGCAGGUAAAAGUAACACCAGAGAUGAUCACAAGAAUGCUGGUUUCAGCUGCCUGUAUUGGUUUGAUGGCAUUUGAAGAACUGUUCCAUCUUAUACCCAUUUUUGGUGGCUUAAUUUCAGCCCCUUUAUCCUUUAUUGCAACAUACAAACUUCUCAGUGAUGCUCUUAAUACAUUUACUGAAAAUGCUCACAAUGUAUUAAAUGAAGCCCUGAAACAAGAAAGCCAUGCUUCCUCUUAGCUGGAAAAUAAAGACGCCAAAGACAUACCAAAUACUAUGUGACUAACUUUUGUAUUACCUACAUUUAAUCUAAGAAUAAAGUCAGCGGUGGUAACAUUGUUGAUUUUCUGAACUAGUGCUGCUGGAAAAUAAUCUUGUAGUUUAAUUAGUAGUGCCUAUGGAACUCUUGCAUGAUAGGUUCAAGGUUUUACAGACAUUUUAAAUCCUGAAACAGUUUUAAAUGGAAAUGCAUAAUUCUGCCAAAACAUUUAUUUAUUUCCAUUUGUAGCUUGGAAAAGUCUGACUAGGAAAAAAGCUAUUUUAAGCAGAAGCCUGGGGUAAAUAAGCUCCACACAAAGUUGUAUGAUGUCAUACAUUAUUAGAGAAAGUAAGUCACAUGGGAUAACAAUCUAUUGGUCUGAACUUCGGUACAGAUAAAUGUAAUGUUAUAUAAUUUAGUAAUAAGUUACCGCUCUGUCCUAUUUACUCAUUAAUGGAAGCUGAUCAAUAUAAAUAUGUGAGUGCCUUGAUUCCGUCAAAUUUAUUUUUUUGAAAACAAUUUAAAAACUGUAUGCAGUCAGGCUCUAAAGAAGUUGUGUGAUAAUCUAAGAACAUUAGCAAUAAGAGAAUAUGACUGUCUUAUAACAGUAUUUAAAUCCUUUAGUAGACCUACCUUAGAGCAUAACAAGGUUUUCUGUACAUAGGUUCAUAGGUUCAAAGGACAAUACUAGGCUAUUGGCCCAGAGGCCCUUAUAAGCCUAGCCAAGAAUUACACCCAUGUUCCCACAAAGUAAGCACCUGUUUUUGUCCAGCAGGGACACAGGUGGGAUCGAAGAGGUAUAUUUUGUGUUUCCCAUCUAUUCAUUCAUAUUCCUCUUAAAGAGGGCUGGUGAGGUACUCUGCUUGACAUGGAGAAGGAGUCUAUUCCACAG